AUUUUAAGGUGAUGAGAAACCAUGAAAGCGAAAUUAAAUUCUACCAACAAUUCUACAGCCGGAUGCAAUAAAUUUAGUGAUACAUCUGCUGGCUUAUUCUGAGAAGGACCUGCUACAUUUUCAUCGGUACUAUGAGUACUAUCAUCAUUAUUGUCACUCAGUAGAACUACCCAUAGUUUGGAAAAUGAUUCUGACGGUAUCGUGCAAAGUGCCGUGUCCAGAUGAUGUAUCAACGAAUCAAUCAAAGUUAUUGUAUGAGGCACCAGUGCAUAGGUUUGGCAAAUGAGUGAUACCUUCAGGACAAAUUUUAGAACUCAAACUGGAGAUUUUAAUACAAUACUCAUAAAAAUGUCAAUCAAUAUCAGAUGCGCCAAUACUGAGGAUUUAUUAAAUAUUCAGCAUUGUAAUUUGCAGUGCUUGCCAGAAAAUUAUCAAAUGAAAUACUAUUUAUAUCAUGCUCUGUCAUGGCCUCAAUUAAGUUAUGUAGCUGAAGAUGAAAAAAACCGCAUAGUUGGAUAUGUUUUAGCUAAAAUGGAAGAAGAUUGUGAAGAUAAUCCGCAUGGUCAUAUUACAAGUUUAGCGGUUAAAAGAUCUCAUCGAAGAUUAGGCAUUGCUCAAAAACUAAUGAAUCAAGCUUCUAGAGCAAUGGUUGAAUGUUUUGGAGCAAAGUAUGUAUCCUUGCAUGUACGAAGAAGCAAUCGUGCUGCCUUAAAUUUGUAUACAAGUAGUUUACAUUUUCAAGUUUCUGAAGUAGAACCAAAGUAUUAUGCUGAUGGUGAAGAUGCUUAUGCCAUGAAAAGAGAUUUAACAAACUUUAAGCAAGAUUGUCAUUCAUCAAAGGAAAGCACAAGUGUAGAUUUUUAUUCAUCAAAUAAGAAAUGUUGCGAGCACAAUGAAUAAAUCAAGUACUUGAGUAAUCUGUAUUUAAAAUGUAAUCAUCUUAUUUUAUAAUUUUCAGAUUUAAAUAAACAUAAUAAAAGUACAUAAAACUC